CGGCUCCGCGAUGGCGGCGGGCGCGGGGCUCCCGGUGAGGGGAGAACGGCGCGGAGCCCCCCCGGGAGGGCGGCCGGGGGUCGCCAUGGCCACGGACCGCAGGUGAGCCCGGCCAUGGCCUCUCCCCUGGGCAGCCCCGAGCCGUCCCCGGGGGUCCCGGGGGGGUCCCCGGGGGCCGAGCCCGAGACCCUGAGCCCCGACGAGCUGCAGCUGCUGGCCAAGCUCGAGGAGCAGAACCGGCUGCUGGAGGCCGACUCCAAGUCGAUGCGCUCGGUGAACGGCUCGCGGCGCAACAGCGGCUCCUCGCUGGUGUCCAGCUCCUCGGCCUCGUCCAACCUCAGCCACCUGGAGGAGGACACCUGGAUCCUCUGGGGCCGCAUCGUCAACGAGUGGGACGAGUGGAGGAAGAAGAAGGAGAAGCUGCUCAAGGAGCUGAUCCGGAAGGGGAUCCCGCACCACUUCCGGGCCAUCGUGUGGCAGCUGCUGUGCAGCGCGGCCGAGCUGCCGCUCAAGGCGCAGUACUCGGAGCUGCUGCGCAUGAGCUCGCCCUGCGAGCGCCUGAUCCGCCGCGACAUCGCCCGCACCUACCCCGAGCACGACUUCUUCAAGGGCCAGGACAGCCUGGGCCAGGAGGUGCUCUUCAACGUCAUGAAGGCCUAUUCGCUGGUGGAUCGGGAGGUCGGGUACUGCCAGGGCAGCGCCUUCAUCGUGGGACUGCUGCUGAUGCAGAUGCCAGAGGAGGAGGCGUUCAGCAUCUUCGUGCGCCUCAUGCAGGAGUACCGGCUGCGCGAGCUCUUCAAGCCCAGCAUGGCCGAGCUGGGGCUCUGCAUCUACCAGUUCGAGUUCCUGCUGCAGGAGCAGCUGCCGGAGCUGAACGUGCACUUCCGCUCGCAGAGCUUCCUCACCUCCAUGUACGCCUCGUCCUGGUUCCUCACGCUCUUCCUCACCACCUUCCCCCUGCCCGUGGCCACGCGCGUCUUCGACAUCUUCAUGUACGAG